UAGUUUUACGUGUUGUGGCGCCAUCAACCGGCAAAUUAAGUUUCUGCUUUCACCUGGCUUGAUUUGUGCCGUAAGGACUAGGUGUGCACGUGUCUCCUGCACAGGUGACAUUAUGGCUCAGAGUGCGCUGAACUAUGCCAGUAAAUGGAGGGGAGGUCACCACAAUUGUACAGCCAAAGAUCUGGUCAACGGUCAGAUUCGCAGAACAGGGUUGGCUAACGGAGUAAUAAUCCGCUAUGGCUGGUCAGCAGGAGAGUGCACACCACUUGGCACACGAUAUGGUCCCAAACCACGAUGCAUGAAUGGUUACAUGAACCAUGGCUACAAAGGCAAGAGCACAAAAACAGCUCCUCCAAAGAAACUUUGGACAAAAGACAGCCUGCCAUCAAUCGUCACCAAUGGCUCUGCAGCUGAAACGAUCAGGAGUACAGUUGUUCCUGAUGGUAUAUCAGCCAACGGUGCACUUUUUGGUAACUUUGAUCAAGUGGUACCAGACCCCCGCUUAUCGGUAUCACAGAACAAACAAAGCAAGAAGAAAUUCAGAUACAAGAAGAAAAGGAACGAGGAAGUCGCCUCUCAGGGAAGAUCUGCACUGCCACUACAAGAGAAGGAAGACUGGGAAAAGGAAAUAGAGGUCACACCCAAGGACAGGGAAAAGAUGUGUUUUGGGAUCGUGCCUUUCGGUCCAGAGGACAGCCUCUCAUGUGCUUUGCGAGAUUUAAGACUUCAACACGGAGGCGUAGUGGACUCGCCACUGACAACCAAUUACAUCCCUGCCAAACACCACCCACGCCCCAUCCAAUGGACCCGCUACAGAAUUCCCACCGAGCUGGACCAGUUUGCAGAUGCUGAUGAGUAAACUAGACAUGAGAUUCAUGUCAGCAUUCACUUGUCAAAUCAAUUCUUUGCCUUAUAGUUAGACUUUCCUGGUUAGUGUUUUUCUGGUUGACUGGCCUGCUGUUAACUAUGAGUAGAAUAUUUAUUUAGCAUUCAGUUUUUUUCCUCUGGUACUGAGGAAAUUAAAUGUGAAAUACUUAUUAGCAUCAGCACAAUAUUUCAACAUCCAAUAGGCUAAUACUUUUCUAGGCCAAAGAUGUCGGAUGGACUCUGAGUUGUACACAGAUUUUUUUAUUGUAGGUUUUAUUUUUUUAACUUCAGUUUUUAUAUUGCUACAUUAGUUUUAGGGUUUUGUGGUCUUUAAGAUUGGUUUUAGUUCCCAUAACACAUUUAAAGUUGCACUGCUACCAUAAGCACUGUUAAUGCCGCCAUGUCCCUUUUUUUUAAUUUUUACUUUGUUUUAUUUUAUCUUUUAAUUU